GUCAUUUGUUUGUUCAUUUAUUAUUAUUAUCAUUUUUAAAUCGAUUAUAUUCGCGAUUAAAAGAUACAUUGCAUGACAUUUUCUACUGCACACAAGCUUUCAUGUGCAAAUUGAAAAAGGACAAAUACGAAAUAAUGAACGAUAUUCAAAGAAAAAUUGGUCUAGCUUUGACCAUCGUUUCUGGGCUAAUAAUUUUCAGAUCUUGGAUAAAAAAAUGGAGAAAAGGACCUCCAAAAAUAAAGAAAUUAAUCAUUUACCCAAUCAAAUCACUACGAGGAUUCGAAGUUGAUCAUCUUGAUAUUGUGGACACUGGUGUUGAAUGGAAUGGUUUUCAUGAUCGCACAAUGGCUUUGGUGAACGCAAAGAACAUUAUGAUUACUCAACGUAUGAAGCCCAAACUUGCCCUGAUUACAAUCCAACUUGAAGAUGAACACAUAGUACUUAAUGCACCCGGCUUGGAAACAUUGAAAAUUCCAUGUUUUGAUGACGAAAAACUGAUUACCAAUGAUGUCAUCUCUUUCGAUAUUUGGGGACAAAUUACCGAAGGCUAUGUUUGUCAAAAGGAAUUUUGUGAAUGGUUUACCAGAUUUCUAAAUAUUGAAAUCAAAUUGUUACGUAUAGGGAAAGAUCUGAAGCAUCGUCAAUCAGACGUUUUCGGUGAUUUAUUAGACAAUCGAGUUGUCUAUCAAGAUGGUUUUCCAAUCUUGAUGAUCAACGAUGGUUCCAUUGAUGAGUUAAAUGAACGAUUAAAAGGUAAAUUGGAAGUUGACUAUCGUCGUUUUCGGCCUAAUUUUCUAGUCGAAAAUGCUGAUGCCUAUGAAGAGGAUGAAUGGAAUAAAAUUCGCAUCAAUAAUUUGGAAUACUAUAUGCCGAAACCAUGUGAUCGUUGUGUGCUGCCAACUGUCGAUCCGGAUACAGGUGUUUUGAAUCCUGAAAUGGAACCAUUAAAAACAUUGAAGACUUAUCGUAUCCAAGAAAAAUGGACCAAAAAAGCACCAAUGUUCGGAAUAAAUUUGAUACCAAAAGCGAAUGGAAAAAUUUUUAUUGGUGAUCCAUUAGAAAUCAUUGGUUUAUAA